AAAAAGAGGAAAAAAAAACAGAGAAUAUUCAAUAUUGACCUUGGCCCUCGUCUUCAGCUAGAUUUUGCUCUCCUCGCUCCUCUCUGCAUCUGCACAGAUUAGUUUUUUCGUAUUAUUUUCUCUGGUUUUGGGUUUUUGUUGUUUGGAUGGAUAGUCUCAAUCUCAUUCCUAUUCCUUGCUGCUCAUCAAAGCAACGGCUCUGAUUCAGAAUAUUUCGCUUUGGAUGCAAUCAAAGCCCCCACCGCUUGCAACAAGUCACCUGCAAUCUCUCUGCGAAUUUUAUACUUUUUUAAUAUCCACUGGGAAAAAAAUAGUUGGGAGGGAGACUUCAAAUACUCACUCACUCUCUCUCUCUUAAGAUGGCUUGUAAAAACCAGAACAAGCCACCACUCAACUCCAUGCCCAUUUCUGCUACUCUGCCUUCUUCACGUAGGAAGUCUAUUGGAGGCCAUGAGCUGAGUUCACACAGAAGGUGUAGUAAGCUUGGAGCUGAUAAAAUGGUUGGAACAGGAAAUGUUAGUGGAAGGAUGAGGCUAGCAUUCUCUAUUGUGAAUGGGGAACAGGAGCUUGCUCCCAGUAGUGACCCGCCAAGUAAUGCUGGAUCAGAGUAUGGUGCCAACAUUGAGUUCACUAGAGAGGAUGUUGAGACUUUGUUGAAUGAGAAAAUGAGAUACAAGAGCAAGUACAAUUACAAGGAGAGGUGUGAAACUAUGUUAGACUAUAUAAGGAGGCUGAGGCUUUGUAUAAGAUGGUUUCAAGAUGUAGAAGGGAAUUACCUGUUUGAGCAGGAGAAAUUGCUUACCGCAUUGGAAUUUGCUGAGGGUAGAUGUGCUGAAUCAGAAUUGGUCUUGAAGAACAAGGAAGAAGAACUGAAUUUGAUCAUUGUGGAGUUGAGAAAGAGUCUUGCUUCUUUACAAGAUAAACUCUCCAAGGAAGAAUUAGAGAAGAUGGCUGCAAUAGAUUCUCUUUCGAAAGAGAAAGAGGCCAGAACUGAAACAGAGAAGUCGCAAGCAUCCAUCUCUGAGGAGCUUGGUAAGGUUCAAGGAGAGCUCCAAAGUGCGAAUCAGCGGAUAACUUCAGUGAAUGACAUGUACAAGCUGUUACAAGAGUAUAAUUCAAGCUUACAGCUAUAUAACACUAAACUUCAGACAGAUCUUGAUAUGACACACGAAAAUCUCAAGCGUGCAGAACAAGAGAAAGUUGCUCUAGUGGAAAACCUUGGGAACCUAAGGGGUCAAUUCAAGUCAUUGCAAGAGCAGUACACAUCAUGCAAAGAAUCUGCAGACGAAGCUCUGAAGCAGAAAGAUUUGUUGGUGAGUCAAGUUGCAUCUCUAAAGGGAGAGUUGCAACAGGUGAGAGAUGAUCGAGAUCGACUUACAUUGCAAGUGCAAGAUUUGACAGCUGAAGUGGCUAGUUACAAGGAGCAGUCGCAAAAGUCAAAUGAGUUCGAGGAAAAGUAUCUGUUACAAAAUAAUGAGAUAAGGACGUUGCAGUACAAAUUGGAAGCCGCUGAGAGUAGAUUAAGGGAGUCUGACAUGUCUGUGUUUGAGACAAGGACAGAGUCUGAAGCUCAAAAACAACUUGCAAUAACAUUACAAAGUCAGUUGGACGAUGCUGAAAAGAAAGUUGUUGAAGGGGAGCAACUUCGGAAGAAGUUACAUAAUACAAUAUUGGAACUGAAAGGAAACAUUCGCGUCUUUUGCCGUGUGAGGCCCUUGUUGACUGAUGAUGGUAUUGGAAAUGAUGGAAAAGUUCUCUCCUAUCCCAAUUCAUUAGAAGCUCUUGGACGUGCCAUUGAUUUAAAUCAAAAUGGCCAAAAGUAUUCAUUCUCUUUUGACCAAGUUUUUGCACCCGAGGCAUCACAAGAGGAUGUAUUUGUGGAAAUUUCACAGCUUGUUCAAAGUGCUCUUGAUGGUUACAAGGUUUGUAUUUUUGCCUAUGGGCAAACAGGAUCUGGCAAGACUUACACCAUGAUGGGAAAACCAGGGCAGCCAGAGCAAAAGGGACUGAUUCCCCGAACGCUGGAACAAAUCUUCCAAACAAGGGAGGCCCUUAAGUUACAGGGCUGGAAGUACGAAAUGCAGGUAUCAAUGUUGGAGAUUUACAAUGAAACCAUUAGGGACUUGCUAUCAACCAAUCGAGAUUCAUUUCGAGACGGUACUCCGAAUGGAAAGCAAUAUGCAAUCAAGCAUGAUCUGAACGGGAACACAACUGUCUCUGACCUUACUGUUGUUGAUGUUCGGAGUUCUAGGGAGGUCUCAUAUCUCUUGGACCGGGCAGCUCACAGUAGGUCAGUAGGCAAGACACAGAUGAAUGAGCAAUCAUCAAGAAGUCAUUUCGUUUUCACCCUACGAAUAUCUGGCGUUAAUGAGAGCACUGAGCAACAAGUACAGAGUGUUCUGAAUCUGAUUGAUCUUGCUGGAAGUGAGCGCCUUUCCAAGAGUGGUUCUACUGGUGACCGAUUGAAAGAAACCCAGGCAAUCAACAAAAGUUUGUCAUCACUGAGUGAUGUCAUAUUUGCCUUGGCAAAGAAGGAAGAUUUUGUACCAUUUAGGAACUCAAAGCUCACAUAUCUGCUCCAGGUGAUCAUGGCUUCAGAAGUUGUUUCUUCGGCAAAGCCAUGUCUGGGGGGAGACUCAAAGACGUUGAUGUUUGUAAAUAUAUCACCAGAGGCAUCAUCAUCUGGCGAGUCACUAUGCUCACUCAGAUUUGCAUCCAGGGUCAAUGCCUGCGAGAUAGGUGUUCCUCGACGCCAGGCUAACUUACGAUCUCCAGACUAUCGCUUCAGCCUGGGCUGAGAAUUGAGAGAUGGUUAGUCUAUGCCACCGGCCACACCCAAUUGCAUUACAUUUUACUCUGCCACUACCAUGGAUGAUUGAUUUAAGUUUUCAGAGGGAAGUGGAGGGGGAGCAGAGCCUGUACUAUUAACAAAAGCUAACCAACCAUGCUCGUAGUGUGUAUAGUAGUAGUAGCAGUAGUAGAAGAAGAAACUACUUCGCUGUGUCUUGUAAGGUCAUUUAGACAGGGUAAUUCUUUUUUGUCACUAUUGUAUACUGAUUGCUUGCUUUCCUCUCUUGUGACUUCUUUCAAUCCACCUGGUUCAUUCAUUCAUUCAUCUGACACUACUGUAAAUCAUCAAUGUGCGAAUCUCAAGCUUUUCAAAGCAAUAGAACAGGUUACGAAGAUGCAUUUUCCUUCCAGGAGGAAUAGAUUGUAAUGCAGGUAACCACGUUACAUUAUCGUCACCAUGGUGCAGGAAAUUUUUUAGUUUCUAGGCCAUUGUCUCCAUCACCUCCUUGAGAAGCAAGCUAGUGUCUUGAUAGCAUGACACUGUCUGAGGCAGGCUGUUCUUCCUUGCAGCUUCCUCUAGCUGCUCAAAGUUGUUGAAAAGUCUGACAGCCAGAUCGGUGAGAGGCUGCUUCUGAUCGUCAGCAGCAGCAGAUAUCACCUUAUCGAAAUCGUAGUACAAGAAACUGGACUUGAUCCUGAGGUACCUCCUUACAUAGUUGAGAGUGUCGGGACCAAUCAAAUCCUCCAUCGCCUGAAGGUCGAAAGCAGAUUUCUUGAUCCUGUAAAUUCUCCCUUUCACUCCAAUGUCAGCUACGUAGAUCCCUUUCUUCAGGAAAGAACGAGUCCCCGUCCUCUCAUUUGCAAGCUCUUCUGCAGAAACAAGAAAAAAACAAAGGCAGCAGUUACUGAGAGGAGGGCAUGGAAAUAGAACUUGGAUGGAUGAGGGUGGAUCAACUUCUUCUUCAUACUGUUGUCAAUGGUGGGAUUGGGCAAAGGCCCGUCGAUCCAAAACCCGUUAUCUGCAGCCAGAGAAGCUCCUCCACCUCCAUUGUUGGCAAUGAGGGUUACAGAGACAAGGCCGCCUAAUGCUAGCCUUCUGGAGGUUUGCAACUUCAAUGGCUGCUGCUCCUUGAUUGUUGCUUCAGCAGCAGGUUUCGUGGGAAGAGCAAGUGCAGGGUUUGGAGAGUGUUUGGGGAUAAUGUUGGAGAGAAGGUUUGGAAUGGAUUCUGUUGGAUGGUUCAGGUUUGUUAAGUUAGCCAUUGGAGUUGGAGAAGGAGCUGUGGGGGAAAAUGGAUUUGGGUUUUUGGCAGUUAUAUCCGUUGCUCUGGGACUAAGGAGCGUUGGUAGCUGCUGGCC